ACCUCUAACUGCUACUCCUACACAUACACCUCAAUAUACCACCCGGUCAGGUCGCAGAGUCCACUUCUCCAAACCUUUCGACCUAUGAUAAUUUUUCUCUUUUUCUGCGGAUUCUCCUUCUCCGUAGGGGGGUGGUGUGGCGUUUUAUUAUGCGUAAGCCGGAACGCACGAGAUGUGGGAAAAAGGAUAUAGUCUGUGACACGAGGCCUUUUUACCGCCAAAUAUUUAAAACAUAAAAAUAAUUUAUAAUGUGUUAAAUAACUAAUAUACCUAUUAUAAUUAACUGGAAUUGUUUAUGCCGCUACAUCAAUAUAAUUUAUAUUGUUUCAACUGUGGUGUUAAUUACUUAAAACACGACUACGGCGAAAUAAAGAAGGGACUCUAUACGAACUCCCUCAAAUGUAUAUAGAGGCACGUAAUAGGAUCUAUUUUUUAAUAUAUUGUAUUAUUUAUGUGGUACGACUCAUCCAGAUUGUAUUCUAAAAUUUGUUAUUGCGUUUUAUUAUUGCAAUGAAAAUGUUACAAUAUACCUAAGAUGAUUGGUUAUACAUAUACAUUGCAAGCUUGAUAUUAAAAUGGCGGAUGUCUCAAGUAAUGAGCGCAAAAUAAAAGUUAUCAAAACUGGAAAAGUUAUUAAGAAACGUGUUCGAAAUCCUGAAGAAUGGCACAAACAAAAACAAAAACGCUUGAGAAUCGCUGGAUUAGAAUAUAUAAACGUAAAUGGAAAAGUUGUUCCACAAAAAAAGCCUGGCCCAGACUGCAACUGCCGCCGGAGAUGCUUUCAAAAGGUACCUGAAGAUGUCAGGCUGAGAACAUUUCAAGGUUUUUAUUCCAUGAAAACUCAUGAUGAACAAAAUGCUUACUUAUUUGGCUUAAUGCGGCAGGUUGAUGUGAAAAGGAAAAGAGUAAAAAAUAGCAGUAGACGAACAUGCACAUUUGAAUAUUUUGUAAGAGUUAAAGGAAGGGAGACUCAAGUAUGUCAGACUGCAUUUAAAAACAUACAUGCCGUCUCAGAAAGGAAAGUCAGAGUUUUAUGUAAAAAGAUGGAUGAUGGUAUUAUGUUCCCCAGUGACAAUAGAGGAAAGAAUAGCCAUCGGCGCUCUGGUGAAGUACGUCUGCCUGCAGAUAUAAUUGAUCAGAUAAAAAAUCACAUUUAUUCAAUUGUUCACACCCACAGGCUGAAGGACUUCAUUAGACUUGAUAAAAUUGCUGGCCUUGAAAUAAACAUUUCCAAAAUGUGGAAAGAUUAUAUUAAGAGUUAUGAUCCAGACAAUUUAUCAGCCACAUUACCGAAAUCCAAAAGAAAUAUAGAAGUAAUGCAAACUGAGACAUAUCAUCCGCAACCUACCCCUCCACAAGAAGCUUUUGCUCCACUCAGUUACCCAGGCAGCGGCCAUUUGGUUAAUAUUGCUGAAAACUAUUUUCAAAAUCAAUACCAGACUGCCACCCUGACUCCAGCAACAAAUUUUUAUCAAACCCCAAAUGGAGGACAAGGUAUGGGGAUCCUGCUUCAAUCGACAUCACAGAGACCCACUCAGACUACCACAGCAUACAUUGUGCUUCAAGCCAAGGCUGAACCUGAUCAGAAUUCUGCACUUGCUAUUGAUAACACCCCUAUGAAUCAAAACAGUAACUUAUCACAAGCAGUCAAUGAACCUGAGAAGAAGAAAAUAAAAAAAGAAAGAAAAAAGGGUCCAUUAGUCAAACAGUGGAGAUAUAAUAACAUAUUUCAUGAUGAAAUAAAUGGGGCAGCACUUGCCGCUAUAAAAACUAGGUUAGGAAUGUAUUAUGCUGAAAGUGAUGCUGCAAGAAAGAAGGCAAAGCAAGUGCGCUCUACUGAUACCACACAAUCACAAAGCCCUCCUGAACAAUUAACACAAUUAGGACAAGCUGUCACUAACGUUACUAUUUACACCCACAGGCCAUAGCUUUAGUUUUUAGCCUUCCAUAAAAUGAAAUAAGGCCUAACAUAAUGUUACUAAUAAUAAUAAAAUCGGUUCUAAGAGUGCCUGUCAAAAAUGUUAUACUUUAGGAUUAACUUUGUUUAUAUGGAUACGAAAGCUUGAAUCGUAAGAUAUAUGAUUGUAUUUAAUUUAAUAAAAUUUGAUUUUGUGAAUAUUUACAAUACAUUCUAUUCUAUUUUAUAAUCUAAUGAAGUAACAAUAUGAUGACAAUACUUUGAAUAGUUUGUGACUCCAAAAUCUAUAUUUAUUUCUUAAAAGUUAGGAUAGCAAGCUUAAAUUUUAUGUUACUAAUAGAUCAUUAAGCUACAUCCAUACUUUUGCAUUAUGACAUUACAUAGUAAAUUAUGAGAUCUCAUGUAAUUACAAGAUAUAUUAUUACCUGUACUGUUUUGCUAGUAGGCAUUAUUUUGUAAAGUAAAUUAAAACCUA